AUGGUUGAUGCCAAAGCUGUGGGCCACAGCAAGCCAUCAACCUUAAAUCAACCAUCUACAUCCGCUGAUGCCAAGGGGCAAAAGCGUCAAAACGUUAAAAAAGGCACGUCCAGGCAUAAGUUUUACCAGAGGUCCCUGGCUAUUCUCGGUAAAAUAAGCAAAACUGAGACCGAAGGGAAAACUCUUCCAAAGGACGCGGCCGAUAAGGCAAGGUGCCGAAAGGUGGUCGAUGAAUACCUGGCGUUCCAGGCCACGCAGAAGGCAGUAACCGUGAAACGCAAUCGUUCGCAGGACGAAAGCCACAAACCUACGAAGAAACACAAAGUGUCGGUUCCCACCGCUUCAUUACCAAAGCCAGCCAAACGCACAUUUAAUGAGGUGGCAAGGGACCACCUGCAAAUAGCGUUGGUUGAUGAUAUAACUCACCGCGGUAAACCUGCAUCAGAGAAGUGGUCUGAAAUUGAGGCACGGCUGUCUCGCAUUGUCGUUGAUCCCGUCAUGGCAAACCCGGAGGGUCAAGUGCCGGGAUUUGAUUCAAUGGAGGAGGGUCGCGGAUAG